AAACUAAUCUUUUUAUUUUUAAAUUGUUAAAUAGGUAAUGGGUGUCUGCUGUGAAAAUGUAAUUGGAUAUAUGCCACUUCCAGUGGGAAUUGCAGGACCUUUGUUGCUAGAUGGAAAGAAUUAUUACAUUCCAAUGGCAACGACAGAAGGUUGCUUGGUUGCCAGCACUAACAGGGGAUGUCGUGCAAUUAGUCUUUCAGGUGGUGUAAAAAGUAAUGUUACUGGAGACGGCAUGACAAGAGGUCCCGUCGUGAGAUUACCUUCCGUUCAACAAGCCGUGUAUGUUGUUUUUAAAAUUAUUUAGUCUUAUAAAAAUUGU